CGGCCUCUCCGCCGCCGCCGCCACCGCCCCUUCCGCCCGCCGCCAUGACGUCAGCGGAAGAGGCCGCGCGGGGCCGCUCUAGGCCGCUGGGAGGACCCGGGGGAGCAGACGAGAGGGCAGUGCUCGGGCUCGGAGCUGAAGCCGUGGGAUCCUCCGCUGUCCCACCACAUCACCUGCAUGGAGGUGCCCAAGAAGCUGGUGAACUCGGUGGCGAGCUGUGCCGAUGACGCGCUGGCAGGGCUGGUGGCCUGCAACCCUGGCCUGCGGCUCCUGCAGGGACACCGGGUGGUCCUACGUGCGGAUCUGGUGGCCAUCCAGGGCCGGGUGGCCCUGCUCUCCGGGGGGGGCUCUGGCCACGAGCCCGCCCAUGCAGGGUACAUCGGGAAGGGCAUGCUGACCGGCGUGGUGGCCGGAGCUGUCUUCACCUCCCCGGCCGUGGGCAGCAUCCUGGCAGCCAUCCGGGUGGUGACACAGGCUGGCGCAGCUGGGACCCUCCUGAUCGUGAAGAACUACACCGGGGACCGGCUCAACUUCGGGCUGGCACUGGAGCAGGCGCGGGCAGAGGGGGCCAACGUGCAAAUGGUGGUGGUGGGGGAUGACAGCGCCUUUGCCACCCUGAAGAAAGCUGGGCGCCGCGGGCUGUGCGGCACCGUCCUCAUACACAAGGUGGCGGGGGCCCUGGCCGAGGCGGGGGCAAGCUUGAAUGAGAUCGUUGAGAGGGUGUCAGCGGCUGCUAAAGCCAUGGGUACCCUGGGUCUCAGCCUGUCCCCUUGCAGCAUCCCGGGGUCCAAGCCCACCUUCCGGCUGGCUGAGGAUGAGAUGGAGCUGGGCCUGGGGAUCCAUGGUGAAGCGGGUGUGCGCAGGAUGAAGGUGCUGCCGGCAGAUGAGGCAGUGGAGACGAUGCUGGUGCACAUGACGGACCCCUCCAAUGCCUCCCACUUGCCUCUGAGACCUGGAGCCUCCGUGGUGCUGGUGGUGAACAACCUGGGCGGGCUGUCCUGCCUGGAGCUGGGCAUCGUGGCCGGCGCGGCUGUGCGCUGCCUGGAGAGCCGAGGUAUCCACAUUGCCCGGGCCCUGGUGGGCUCCUUCAUGACGGCGCUGGAGAUGGCUGGGGUCUCCCUCACGCUCAUGCUGGUGGAUGAGGAGCUGGUGGGGCUGAUUGAUGCCGAGACCACUGCCAUGGCUUGGCCCAACCUGGCCGCGGCACCUGCAAUGAGCCAGAGACAGGAGGUGCCAGUGCCGAUUGAGGGACCAGGGACCGCACAGCAUGAGACCAGCACAGGGCCUGGCGCAGCUCAGGCACAGCUGGUGCUGGAGCUGGUGUGCAGCACCCUGCUGGACAUGCAGGACAAGCUCAACGAGCUGGACCGUGAAGCAGGUGAUGGGGACUGUGGCCACACGCAUGCUCGAGCUGCCCAAGCCAUCCAGGAGUGGGUGCGUGCGCGGCCGCCACCGGCAGCCCCAGCCCAGCUCCUCUCUGCCCUGGCUGACCUGCUGCUGGAGAAGAUGGGUGGCUCCUCUGGCGUGCUCUACGGGCUGUUCCUGACGGCAGCCGCCCAGCCCCUGCUCAACCGCAGUGAUCUCCCAGCCUGGGCUGAUGCUGUGGAUGCCGGUAUUGAAGCCAUGCAACGGUACGGUGGAGCCGCACCAGGAGACAGGACGAUGCUGGACCCGCUCUGCGCUGCGGCACAGGCUUUGCACGCCCUGCGCAGCCCUGGUGUUGACCUGCUGCCGGUGCUGGCCACUGCCGUGCAGAGCGCGGAGGCCGCGGCAGAGGCCACCAGGCACAUGGAGGCCGGGGCGGGCAGAGCCAGCUACAUCAGCUCGGCCCAGCUGCUGCAGCCCGACCCAGGUGCGGUGGCGGUGGCAGCUGUGCUGCGGGCCGUGCUGGAGGGGCUGCGGAGCUAAGGGGCAGCUGGCCCUUGGCCACCCCCAGUGUGGCUCCAGCAGUGAUGGGGGACUUGGCAGCACGCCAUGUGUACCCCCAAUAAACCUUUGUGGUCCCUCUAA